AUGAGUGAUAUUGAAUCCGAGUCAUCUAAUGACUACAAAAAACGGGUUCGAGAAAUAAAUUCCACUGUUCCUCUAAAAAAAAAGAAAACUACUAAUACAAACAUUUAUAUUAGUCAAAUUGAUAAUAAAGAAUUAUUUAUUCCAACCGUUUCACCAGUAACAACAAAGUCAAAAACAUAUAAUUCAGUUGAAUGGAAAACUUUAAAUCAAUCACUGCUAAAUACAAAAGACAAAAUAAAAUUAACCAAGACUGGGCAGAA